CGAGGGGCAGGACAGGCCAGACCAGGCGCAGCGGUUGCCUCGUCUAAAGGCGACGGCGUCAACUGUAGCAAAGCUCGUCACACGGCAAAAAGGAAGGGAGGGGGAAAGUAGGGAGUCGCACGCCCACGGACCAGGAAAGGGGCGCGUGGCGGCACUUGCAUCAUCCAGCAGCUCCGGCAAGUCAGCGUCGGCGGCUGCUGCUGCUGUUGUUGCUGGUAAUCUGCACGUCACGCCGGCAUCGGGCUCCACGUGGCCAGAAAAAGGGGGUGUGGCAGCAGCGACGGCCACCCGAGGCCUUGGCAAUGGUUUGCAGCCAAUAAAUACUGGGUGUGCGGCGCCCACAGGACCGAGUCUGCUGCGGAACGACCGUCGACAUGGCUGGGCCUUCGACGUCGUGUGGGUCUCUUGACAGCACGCAGAAAGGCGCUUAGACAGAUCACAAAGCCGCAGUCGCAUGUGCAGCGGACUAUAUCCUCCCUCGCGGCAGGACACGUGGGAUUCCCUCUGUCAGCGGACAUACCAUCUCUCAGGGCUGCACCCAGCGACCCUUACUCCGGCGGUGCCAGACAACCAAACCUCCGAGAUAACAUCGUCGCCUUCAGUCCCUGUCGCCGCCGCACGCAGGGAGGCCACAGUUAUGGGGGAUCGAGGCGGACCUGCCAGGCACGACAAAGGUGCGAGAGCAAAGACAACAGACGGCACUAGCCGCUCUGUCCGGUGCAGUGGUGUAGCAGCACCAGUCGAUGGUCGGCAAUGCAGGUCCACAGCACACGCGAAGGACACAGCAAACUGUUGUGUGGGCACUGCUGGCCAGUGCAGACGAGACAACGAAGUGCAAGCAAGCAGUGGGAAGGAAGCAGCAGCCCUGGCCACCAACGCCUCCGCCUGGCAGGCCAGGUGCCUGACCUGGCUGUUGGUGUUCGUGAUCACUACGUCCUUGUGCCGUGCCAGCGGCCUGAGCGAGGCCAAGGUCAAGACGUCGCACUGCUCCUACACGCUCGUCGUCAACGAGUUCGACGCUUCCAAGUGUCCCGCCAUGCACCCUGAUGUCAUGGCCAGAGACAGCUCCUUCGACCAAGGCUACGCGCAGCACCCGUUCAAAAUGGACUACCCACCCGGCGGCCGCGUCAUGCACGAUAAGCACGACAACGUCAACACCAAUGGUAACGGGAACGUGGACGUGCUCGCAAUGCACGUGCGGGAGCUGGACAAGCGUCUUGCGGAGGAGACGGUGCGCACCCACGAGCUCAACUCCACGCUGGCCCGUCAGGCGUCCACCCUGGCCGCCGCCGAGAAGCAGCUGUCCACCUACGCCGCCAACUUCACGGCCGUCUACCGCUCCAUGAUGUUUGUGCACCGGCAGCUGAAGCGGCAGCGCAAGAUCAACAAGUCGCUGAGCAAGAAGGUCUCCAACAUCCUGCUCGACGUCGUGGAGGUCAACAACGUGCUGACGCGCGCCCCCACCUCCUCCCACGACGGCGUCAUCACCACCGCCAGCAAGAACUUCCAGGUGCAGAGCGUGCCCAAGGUCAGCUCGUGCCCGGGCAUCACCAACAAGUCGACAACCUAUAAAGACUGUGCCGAAGUGUUUGAAGGUGGUCACAAGUUCAGCGGUGUUUAUUAUGUCAAGCCCAGCACGGCUGCUUGUCCCAUACCCGUCUGGUGUGACAUGGACACUCCACCCGGAGGGUGGCUAGUCUUCCAGCGAAGGCAGGACGGCUCCGUCAGCUUCAAGCACGACUGGCAAGGCUACCGCGACGGCUUCGGUAACGUGGCCGGCGAACACUGGCUGGGCAACGACAACAUCUUCCUCAUUUCCAACCAGGACUACUACAAGCUGCGUGUGGACCUAUGGGAUUUCACGGGCAAUCGCGUGCACGCCAUGUACACAACGUUCCAGGUGGCGGGCGAGCGGGACAAGUACCGGCUGACGAUCAACGGUUACUCGGGUAGUGCGCAGGACUCGUUGUACCAGCACAACCGCAUGCAGUUCUCCACCCCUGACAGCGACAACGACGGCCGACGGGACGCCAGCUGCGCCACCGAGUGGGAGGCCGGCUGGUGGUUCAACAACUGCUGGUACGCCCUCCUCAACGGCCCAUACUACAACCGCUCCGACGUCAGCUUCCGGGGCAUCGCCUGGAACAACUGGAAGCGGGAGCAGCUGCGGAGGACGGAGAUGAAGAUGCGGCCGUCGGAGACGCGAGACAGUCCCGCCAACUGAGCGGCGCGUGCGUCCUGUACACGUGAGUCGCCGACGCACAACCUCUAUGCCAAGAUGCUCGAUUCUCCAGUGUCGCACUGUCUCACCUGUGACUGUCAGUCUACUGUGGUGUCAACCUACCUGUGAACUCUGCGACACUAGAGAGUGAGACAAUCAAAGGACAGUUUUCACAAGCUGCGAGUAUUUGCAGUAAGGAAAUACCGUUCGAAAGGAAAUACCAGUGGCUCCUGCAUCGGCUGUUUUCCUGCUUUUCUCAUUACUUUCCUGUAAUGAACCGUGACGACCAACCUCGCUUUGAUUGUCUUGUGACCCAUAGACAAUCAAGGACGCAGGAAAUAUCAGCCGUUCAGAACCUUCAGUUACUAACAAGUGGUGCUAUACUUUCAAUGAUAAUUAAAACUUUCGCUGUUUUCGGUAUGUUUGCUGUACUGUCCCCACUAGAAUUGGUCUGUCCAUCCCUAGUUAUUGCUAACAGAGCAACAACUGUCACGUUGCUCAUGCAUGGAUGUAAAAGAGGGGCUCAAUAUCUCGGGUUUAAACAUCUGACCUAUCACAACAAAAUAAUGGAUUACAAGAUUCUCUAUCAGUUGUUAUGAAAUAAUAAGCUUGACAUCCCAUAAGAACAACACAGAUCCGUGAUGCUGAAUCAAAAACGUCUAUCAUUUUUAUUUUCUAUAUGUAUGUGUUUAUUUAUUGGUUGGGGUUUUUUUUAACUACGUGGAACUAAAAAUAAAAUUUACUCGGAAAAUAGAAAGUAAUGACACCAGCAGAAUAAAAGUAAGCAGAACACUAGGCAAGGAAAAGAAAGAUAUGCACCUUGGUAGGUUAUGUCGACUAACUACCUUGACGAGGUACAUAAACAUAGGGAAAAAAGAGUAACAACGCUAAAAAACAAAAUACUGUUUUGCAAUCCACAAGCAGAAAAAGCAUGGGUUAUUGAAAUCGACUAAAAACGCUGCAAGCAGCAGAAAUUGUGCAGCGUUGCAGUCAGAGGAGAGGAUCCAGCUCCAGCAAAGACGUGAACUUUCAAGUUGGCAGCGUCUGCACACGAUCCAUUUUGGGGGCUCAAAACACACAGAUCCCCUCCUGUGGCAGCAAUCUGCCAUUUUGCACAAUCGGAUCAUUGCGGUGUGCAGCAAUUUGUUUAACUUCUUCUCUAGCGUUUGUGAUAAUAUUUCCAAAAUUAGAAUCCUAUUUUCAUAUUUUUUUGGACCUUAACAGAAGGCUGACGAAAGAGGACAAAGAGUUAUGAAAACAAGUAACUCGAUGUAUAAGCCUCAGAAAAAUAGUUAAAAUAUUUAAAACUUUAUUCAGAAUUGUUUCUGAAAAAGUGACAUAGCUUUUCAACAUAUGAGGUAAAAAUGAACAAUUAAGCUUAAUGAUGAUUCUCAGACAACUUUCAUUUUCUCCCACCCUCUAAGGGUCAAUACAGUAAUACCACUCUCAGAAAUGUAGUAGAAAGUGUAACUUCCACAUUACAAGUGGUGUUUUCAGGGUGGAUAUUGCAGCCCUCUUUCUCUCCUCUCCCUCCCUCAUUAUUUUCCCGCCCCUUAUCCGUAGUCUCAACGUCAUCACCGGAAAUGCAACUGCUGAAUGUUGUGUGAGGUGAGUGGCGGGUAUUGACAUGUGUGCCUUCUGCUCUGCGAGAGUAUCGCAUGACAAGCUCCAGUGUCGUAGAGCAGUCAGCAACUUCUCACAUACUAUGCACUCUGACACCAGACACCCGCGCACUCACAGCUUUAGGACAAACUGCUUUUUGAAGAGACUGCAGAAACGCAAAUCUUGACGCAAGCUGUCGACAUUUUGUUGUUGUUGUUUUGUUUUUGUUUUUUUUUUUUUUUAAAAACCGCUGCUUGUGCAAGUUGUACCGCGACUAGCAAGCGGUUCUGUUGUGGUGGAGGUAUGGAGUCGGUCCAUGUUUACGCCGCUAAUGGCCUUGCGUUUAUUUUUCUUCAGUUUUAGUAAUCCUAAUAAAUACAAACCUGAUGUACUCCAUGUACGCAACACAGUCACCUUAAAGCUUAUCAAUUUUAGCAGUGCUCACAUUUUUUGUUGUUUUUUAAGAUAACACUGUCCUAAAAAUGGAAACUGUUGCCCUUUUCUCCCCUUUCGGACCGGUAUUUUUUUCUGCAUUCUCUCUUGUAAAUGGAUAUCUUUGAGGUGCUAAAUAAAGUCCCCUACAUUCUAUCGUUAUUUUUAAAAAAAUUUGCCUUGUGGCAAAAGCAAAAUCCCAUAAACAAACAAAGCCAGACUGAUAAAAAUCAAGAGGAAAAACAUGAAGGGAAAAAGGGAAAAUAGAAUCUGAGAGUACUGGCGUGGCGUCAGAAAGACUCUGUGAACGGAAAUACCUGCUACCAAAAACAAAAAAUAAAAAGGGGGUGAGUGGGGGUGGGAAGAAAAAGAAAGAAAGGAUAAAAUGGCCUAGAAUUCAGACUGGAAAAGGAAACUGCGAGAACCGAGUUAAAAUGUCUUGACUCUCGAAUACUUCAAAAAUACAAACAUCAAUCCCAGCAUCUUUCCGAAGACAACAUUUUCACCAUGGCGGCCAUCUUUCAGCAGUUUUCAACAAAUUCUGCUUUGCCUUCUUGCCUUCCCCCAUCCAAAGAAAAAAAAAUUCUUGUAUGAUAUAUUUCCUAAGGCGAGGCUAGACAUAAAUACAUGCACUUCUUUCUCUCAAUCCUUCACACAUGUGCUUAACAAAAGAACUGUCACUGUGAUUGUCGUGGACUUAAAUUCUCAUUUGUUUAAAAUGAAGCUUUCAAUAUAAUCUUAUUAUUUUUCUGCGGAAAAUCUACUAUAUACUUCGCAUCUUAACCUAUCCCUGCACAAAAUCCUCCUCAGAACUUCAUUGUCAUUCCUUUCAAAAGUAUUCAUCACGUGACCUACGCGUGCUUUCUGUACAAACUCCUUUGCUGUUCCCUCUUCAGUUUUAGUCCUUCCUCGUGCCAAUAACAAUAUGCUACGCUUUUAAUGCAUUCCUUCUUUUUCGUUGUAAAUACGUAUUUUCUUGUCUUCCAUUUAUAUGCCUAAUGGGAAAGACAUUAACUAGGCUCUAAAACCAGCUGUAUUAUUAACUUAAUUUCGAUAGCGAAAUAGUAGUGAAUGUACUGAAUGCCUGUUAUUUCCAUGCCACUACCAUGUACGCAGUUUUGUACAAGACUGCAACCUCCCCAGAUGUGUGACUGAAAGUGAUGAUCGUACGCUUUCGUAUCUUUGUCUUGUGCUUCGCAUCCAGUUGUUGCUGAACAUUUCUGCCGCCAGACUAUGCUGCCCUGCUACUCCACGUCCUGAGACGAGACAGAAGGAAUAGCGAAGAGAGACACACAAGGCUAGCGAUAUGUGAGUGAGAAUAACUCAAGGCAAUCAUCAAAACUACCACCAGAUUUAGACUGUUAGAAAGGCCAAGAUUUCUCUUUUGAUUUCAGUGUCAGAGGUGUGAACUUCCCGAGAAGCAUUUUCAUAUAGACAUCUGGCCGGACAAAAACACCGCUUGCGAACCCGCUGAGUAUAAAUAUGUGUAAAAGUAUCUUUCAACACUUUUUUUUAGAAGAAAAUAGAAAGAAACUUUUUACGUUUAUAAAACACUUAGCACACUUAGACCGCCAUCGAACUUUACAACUUUUUUGUGAACGUUAAAGCUUUUCUUGGAAAAAUUGUAAGGUGGCACAAGGAAAUAACGGGGCGGGGAGGAAGGAUGUGAGCGACUGCAGAAACUUAAAAGUCUCUGGCGACUGUGAACUAGUCAGGUUGCUUUGCAUCUUUCUUCUUCACUGUCACCAACAGAAAGGUAAAACAACGUGAUGUAGUGAAAUUCGGUGUGUCUUAGCAGAAUGUGAUAAAAUCACAUGGCAUUGCAACAUAUUCGAGACAAGCACUCAAGGUAAAGCCAUGUGAUCUUCCGACAAAACAAGGAAUUUAUCAAUCUACCUUUGAUACCAAUCAGUUCUGCGAUAUAAAAUUGUGAUAUUUCAGCUUUUAAGAGUUUGCUCUCUUUUUGAGGAUGUAUUUUGCUUGGCACUAUGUAAUUAACGUGGAAAAAGCAGCGUUUAUUAUUAGCUCGUUUUUCAAUAUGCAAACAUCGAAACUCGACAUCAUUUUCUGCGUUAAAUGAAAAAAAAAAGCAGGGAAGAAGUAAAUAAAGUUACCAGUACAGACUGA